AUGACAGACGGGCUUUUAGUUACUGGUGACCUGGUUCUUUGCACCGUGGGCAGUUACGAACCAUGGCCAGCUGUAGUUGUUCCUCAACGGAUAUUGAGUAAGAGUGUGCUGAAGGCGAAGGAGAACGUUGGUCAAGUUGCUGUGGCAUUUUUUAACGAUUCUACCUAUUAUUGGACUAAACCAAAACAGUUAAAACUUCUUACUGAGGAAAAUAUAGAAGCGUGGAUAAAAUCGCCGCCCAAAAGGUCUUCGAAAGAGUUGAAGAAAGCUUACCAGUUUGCAUCCGACUAUACGAGUUUGCAAGAGUUUGUCGAAGACAGGUUGACAGCGGAGGGAAGAGCGGAUGAUUUGGAAACUAUCGCUGAAGUUAAGAUGGGAGAGGACCCAUUACUUUCCAAUAUUGAGUUAAAACUGGAAGACACUAAAUCUACGGAUAAAAGACGGGGCAGAAGAAGAAAUGAAAGCGAAUCAGAGGAUUCUACCUCCAAUAAUAACAGUAACGGAAGUACCAAAGCUAAAAAGUCGCCCAGUAGUGGAAACAAAAAUAGAGACUCACCGGUAUCUACACCUGUCGCAACAUCUGUUUCAGAUUUCAAGAAGAAGAGGGAAAGCUCAUCAGAAUCUCUCUCGACAUCUCCUUCAUUCGUACCAGAAGAACCUCCCAAGAAACGCAGUAAGCUUGACUACUCACGUAGGGUAGAGAUUGCUCAAAUAUUCCGUAACAAAUUACAGAAGUGUUUGGUUCAACGAGAUACCCCACCAACAGAUGCAGAUCUUGCCGAGUCUGAUAAACUCAUGAGGAAAAUCCUAUCACAUACUAAAUCAACACCGGAAUUCUUUGAUUUAGAAGCCCUUAGGGUAUCCAAAUUGCAUAAACUAUUAAAAGUCAUUUCUAGUAUGCCUGAAUUAUCACAGUUUCACGAAUCUUGUAACACUAUAUUGGAAGUGUGGGCACCUCAUGUUCAAAAGAUCAAAAAGGAAAAACUGAAACUGAAGGGUUCGCUAUCCCCAUAG